AUGGCAGCUAAAACCACAAGCCUUGUUUUUUGUUCUCUGCCUCCUAUCUAGCGUCUUUGUUUUUCUAUAGCACAAGAUGGAUAACAUUGGCAAAUUGGCUGCUAUGAAACAACAGCUGAGAGGCGAAAGGCCCAUGCCGGUGAAUGCAUUGUCUGAUGACAGCAUUUUGGUGAAGAAAAUAGUGGCUGAGCAUAAACCUGAUGGUCUAGAAUAUGAUGCCAAGCCACUUCUCCAUAUUGUUGAGGAUAUUCUUAGACGUGCCACCUUGAGCACUGAAGGUGUUUCCUCGGGUGCGCUUGCGCAUGUUGACCAGGUCGAAGAUGUGACCCAUCACCCUGGCUACACCAACAUGCUGGAGGCACUUUCUUUCAAGAUUGAUCGAAUUGCUUGUGAGAUUUCGUACAAGUCUCUUGCGGGUGUAGAUGCACACUCUACAGCACUUGCAAUAUUUGAUAUGCUUCAAACAUAUGAGUGGGAUGUGAAGUUGGUGCUGUCUUUGGCUGCUUUUGCUCUGACAUAUGGUGAAUUCUGGCUUCUUGCACACAUGCAUUUAACAAACCAGCUUGCAAGAUCCAUGGCCAUUCUGAAGCAAGUUCCAAACAUCAUGGAGCAUGUAAGCAUGCUGCGACCCCGGUUCGAAGCCCUGAAUGAACUAGUUAAGGUCAUAUUGGAGGUGGCAAGGUGUGUCAUUGAGUUCAAUGGUCUGCCAAGACACUACAUUGCUCAAGACACAACAGCAUACAACAUUGCCUCUAACCAUAUCCCAAUUGCCACCUAUUGGAGCGUCAGGGGUAUCGUCGCCUGCGCAACUCAGAUUACAAGUCCUUUUUUUUUAAUUUUUUUCUGAAACUCCAUUUGUUUUUUUUUUUUUUUUGUAUUUGUUUCUACUGAGGCAUGGGAGCUAUCUACAUUGGCUCACAAGCUUAAGAACAUACUUGAACAUCUAAGGAAGAAUCUGGACAGCUGCUACAGACAGAUUGAGAAAAGAAUGGACUCUGAAGCUUAUGAAAUGUUGCGCGAAUUAUUCACGACACCCCACAUUGACAACAUGAAGGUUCUCAAGGCUUUGAUUUCUGCGAAGGACGAUACUCUACCUCUAUACGAUGGUGCAACCAAGAAAAGGGUUAGCCUGGAACCCCUGAGAAGGAAGAAUGUUUUACUUCUAAUUUCAGGGUUGGAGUUCUCCCAUGAUGAGCUUCUGAUCCUUGAACAAAUCUAUAAUGAAUCAAGGGCACACACAUCAUCAAGGCUUGAUAAUAGAUAUGAAAAUAGAUAUGAGCUUGUAUGGAUCCCAAUUCUGGACCUGAAUGAAGCUGAAUCAACACAGAGAAAGCAAAGGCAGUUUGAGGAGCUGCAAUUAACCAUGCCAUGGUUCUCUGUUUAUCAUCCUUCGGCGAUAAGCAAGCCGGUGAUCUGGUUCAUCCAGAGGGAAUGGAAGUACAAGAAUAAGCCAAUUCUUGUGGUUCUUGAUCCUCAAGGGAGGGUGGCUUGUCCUAAUGCUAUUCACAUGAUGUGGAUUUGGGGAAGUGCUGCAUUUCCAUUCACAAGCGCUAGAGAAGAAGCUCUGUGGAAGGAAGAGACCUGGAGACUUGAACUGCUUGUGGAUGGCAUUGACUCUGAAAUAUUGAACUGGAUCAAGGAUGAUAAAUUCAUCUUCUUAUAUGGAGGGAAUGACCCUGAUUGGGUUAGAAAAUUCGUGAGGGAAGCUCGCAGGGUUGCGGCGGCAUCACAAAUAAACUUAGAGAUGGUGUAUGUGGGGAAGAGCAACAAAAGCGAGCAAGUGCAGAAAGUGCUAGACACCAUAACUCGUGAGAAGCUUCCAACUCAUAGCUGGCAAGAACACAGCAUGAUAUGGUUCUUCUGGACUCGCCUGGAGAGCAUGCUGUUCUCCAAGAUCCAGCUGAAGCAAGCGGACGACGACUCUGACCUGGUGAUGCAGGAAGUGAAGAGGCUUCUGAGCUAUGACAAGAUGGGCGGCUGGAUUGUUCUCGCAAGAGGAUCUCGCAUCAUAGUGAAUGGACAUGCCACCACAGGAUUGCAGACUCUGAUGGAGUAUGAGGACAUUUGGAGGGUGCAUGCUGAGAGGGAUGGGUUUGAGCCAGGUUUUCGCGAUCACUAUGGGAAGCUCCAUGCAGUGGAUAACCCUUGUUGUAGGUUUGAAUUCUCCCACGCAAUGGGGAGGAUCCCGGAGAAGCUCCGCUGCCCUGAGUGCCGCCGCUACAUGCACAUGCUCACCACGUUCCAGUGCUGCCAUGAUGAAACUGUCGACGAGGCGUUUCUUGUCAGUGCUCUAGCCCCUCCUACCAUUUGAGAUUCAAAUUUCGCAAUAUUAUUCCUUUUGUGUUUCACUUUUGUUGAUGUAAUAAGAUUUCCCUACCUAUACCUAUGCAGGGAGAUAAGACUUCAAUUUUAUUAUGUCAUUGUGUUACAAGUUGCCUCUUGCUAUGCCAUUGGUAUCAACAUGAGACCUUAAACCCACCAAGUAUUUUGUACUAUUCAAUAAAAUUUCAUUUCAGUUAA